AUGGCAAAACAAGUCAAUCGACUCACAGAUCCGAUGGAUUUCUUACGAAUUCUUCAAGUGGCUUCAGAUUUGCUCGCGUCCAGUUUGGAUGGCACAGUACAGACGUCGUACACAGACGCGGAUCAGGUGGCCGAUCUGCUCUGGUCUACCAUCACUUUGAUGCGCGGUUGGCCGAAUGCAUCGCAGAUGGCCUGUGAGAGCCGGAAUGGAGCGUUCUGUGUGACGGUGCAACAAACUCAGACAGAGAUAAUGAAAUUGUUACUCCGACUCGGAGAUCAGCUGUCCUCGUGGAGACUGACAGAUGGUUGGAGUGUGCUGUUCCAGGAAACCGGAUUGGAAUCAGAUAUUGUGAUCUAUUCCAUGAAUGGUGUGAUGGCAGGAGUUGCGGCUGCCCUGAACAUGACUGAACUCUGUCACCAAAAAUGGCAUUCACAGAUACGGCUCACAGAUAGUGCCACUGUGAUUCAACAAUCUGUGAUCAGCUCACCAUGUCUGGCUAACAAAUAUAUCACGAUCGCGGUUCCUGGUUCUAAGCAAAAUGUUCAGCCAGAUCUAUUUCGCGUGGAUACCUCGUUAAUCUCGAUAAACUCAACUCAGCCGGGCUACUUUACCUUGAUGAGACUUUCCUCACCGGUGCCGGAAACUGUGUGGAUUAGUGGUGGACUUCCAGUUAGCGCAUUCACCAAUGAAACUCUUUAUGGACCACUGAUCUCGAAUCGAUCGACUGAUCCGGCUCUUGUGUUGGUUCUCAGUAAGACUUCUGCGUUGCGUAUCGCUAGUCCAAUUUACGUGUUCGACACGAAUUUCCCAUUCAACUCAGUCUCUGCUAGCUCCAACGAGGUUAUCCGAUUUACCAUCCAACUGUCAGAU